AUGGAUCGGUAUUCUUCGAAUUAUAUAGCAUUCUCUUUAUUGGCAUUUAAGAGAAGUGAAGUCCCAUUAAAACCUUCGAGAAAGGAAGACAAAAAGGAAGAGGAAAAAGAAGCAAUGACGAUCAAACCGGCUGUUCGAAUUUCGGACCGGAGAUUGAUCGUUAAAGACCGGACAAUAUUGACCGGUGUGCCGGACAAUGUGGUAGCAACAUCCGCCACAAGUUCAGGCCCGGUCGAGGGAGUGUUUCUAGGUGCUGUUUUGGAUCAAGAAAAUAGUAGACACGUGGUUUCUUUGGGUGCUCUACGCGAUGUCCGGUUCAUGGCUUGUUUCCGGUUCAAGCUAUGGUGGAUGGCUCAAAAAAUGGGGGAUCAAGGGAGAGAUAUCCCUCUAGAGACACAGUUUUUAUUAGUUGCAACUAAAGACGGGUCCCAUCUUGAGUCGGACGGUGGAGAUGAAGAGAAUCAGAUUGUUUACACUGUUUUUCUGCCGUUGAUUGAAGGGUCAUUUAGGGCUUGUUUGCAGGGCAACGUUAACGAUGAGCUCGAACUCUGUCUGGAAAGUGGAGACGGAGAGACUAAAACGUCGUCGUUCACUCAUUCUUUGUUCAUUCAUGCUGGGACGGAUCCGUUUGGGACAAUAACGGAGGCUGUUAGAGGCGUUAAGUUGCAUCUGAAGACUUUUCGUCAACGGCAUGAGAAAAGAUUGCCUGGAAUUGUUGAUUAUUUUGGCUGGUGUACCUGGGAUGCCUUCUAUCAAGAGGUGACACAAGAAGGGGUAGAAGCUGGGCUUCAAAGUUUAGCUUCCGGCGGUACCCCACCAAAGUUUGUGAUCAUCGACGAUGGAUGGCAAUCAGUUGGUGGUGACCCACAAGAGGAAAUCAACGAUCAAGAUGAGAAGAAACAAAAUGGGCAGCCGUUGCUUAGGUUGACUGGGAUCAAAGAAAAUGCAAAAUUCCAAAAGAAAGACGAUCCAACAACGGGGAUUAAGAGCAUCGUGAACAUAGCAAAACAAAAACAUGGGUUGAAAUACGUGUAUGUGUGGCAUGCUAUUACUGGUUAUUGGGGUGGGGUGAGGCCAGGAGUUACGGAUAUGGAGGAAUAUGGGUCAAUGAUGAAGUAUCCGAUGCUGUCUAAGGGAGUGGUCGAGAAUGAGCCUACAUGGAAAAACGAUGCAAUAGCAGUGCAGGGAUUAGGGUUAGUGAAUCCGAAAAAUGUGUACAAGUUUUACAACGAGCUGCAUAGUUAUUUGGCAGCAGCUGGUAUUGAUGGGGUUAAAGUGGAUGCGCAAUGUAUUUUGGAGACUCUUGGUGCUGGUUUAGGUGGUAGGGUUGAGUUGACUAGGCAGUAUCAUCAAGCCCUCGAUGCUUCUGUUGCCAGGAACUUCCCUGACAAUGGCUGCAUUGCUUGCAUGAGCCAUAAUACCGAUGCUUUGUACUGCUCCAAACAAACGGCAGUGGUGAGAGCAUCGGAUGAUUUCUACCCGCGUGAUCCAGUAUCGCACACCAUCCACAUAGCAGCAGUUGCAUAUAACAGUGUUUUCUUGGGAGAGUUCAUGCAGCCUGAUUGGGACAUGUUCCAUUCUCUACACCCAGCUGCAGAGUAUCAUGCUUCUGCUAGGGCUAUUAGUGGUGGGCCGAUCUAUGUUAGUGAUGCACCUGGGAAGCACAACUUUGAGCUACUAAAGAAGUUGGUACUUCCUGAUGGGUCUAUUCUUCGAGCCCGUUUGCCCGGAAGGCCCACCCGUGACUGCUUGUUCUCCGACCCGGCCCGUGAUGGCGUUAGCUUAUUGAAAAUAUGGAACAUGAACAAGUUCACAGGGGUUCUUGGUGUGUACAAUUGCCAAGGAGCAGCUUGGAACAGCACUGAAAGAAAGAACACAUUCCACCAAACCAAAACUGAGGCCCUAACAGGAGUCAUCAGGGGCCGUGAUGUCCACCUCAUCGCCGACGCCGCCACGGACCCCAAUUGGGAUGGCAACUGUGCUGUCUAUUGUCACCGGACCGGAGAACUUAUCACCCUCCCAUACAAUGCAGCAUUGCCAGUGUCACUCAAAGUACUUGAGCAUGACAUAUUCACAGUCACACCCAUCAAGGUCUUGGCACCUGGGUUCCGGUUUGCACCGUUGGGGCUAACUAACAUGUUCAAUGCUGGUGGAGCCAUCGAGGGGCUAAAGUAUGAAGUGAAAGGCGGUGCUGAAUUAUCAGAGCUUGAUGAUGGAUGCAAGGGUGAAAGUGGUGGUGUGAGUGAAGAGAGGGUGGAGAACCGUAGUGAUGAAUUGGUAGGGAAAGUUUGCAUGGAGGUUCAAGGGUGUGGCAGGUUUGGUGCUUAUUCAUCUGCUAAGCCAAGGAAGUGCAUUGUGGACUCAAAUGUGGUUGAUUUUGUGUAUGAUUCGAAUUCCGGGUUGGUUGGUUUUAGCUUGGAUAGCUUGCCUGAGGAGGGCAAACUUCAUGUAGUUGAGAUUGAGUUAUAG